AUGGACCAGCAACCGAAGAAAAGACCAAGGAGAAGUUGCCGUAAAGACCUGGGUGGAAAGGCCGUCAUUGAGACUGAGCCAAGCCAAGUCGAGCCAAGCCAAACUCCGCAGGCUGAAAAAGACCCUACUGACACGACGUGGACCUUGUAUUUUGAAGAUGUGUACUCUGAAACUAACCCUCCGGUUGUUGAAGAGGAGUCUUUACCUGACUGUUACUUAGAGUACAUAAUAAGAGGCGAGUUUUCUGAACCCAUCCUGGAAGAAGACUUACUUCUGAAGACCUUGGAAUGCCUGAAAGACGAGUCAGACCAAGAGCUUGCUCAGCAAGUUUUUGGAGACAGCUCACUUUAUGAAUGUUCUCCCGAAUACACGAAAAAAGGGGCAGAACAAGAUCUUCCUCAACAGAUUGUUGAAGAUAAUUCACCUGAGUAUUGUGAGUACAUGACCGGCAAGAAGCUUCCUCCUGAAGGACUACCUGGUGUGGACUUAUCAGAUCCUGAACAGCUGGCAGAAUUCACUAGAAAGAAGCCGAGAGAAUACGAAGAUCCAGAAGCAAUGGCUUGCCCUCACAGUGGAUGCAUGAGAAAAUUGAGGAAUAAAGCCUCCCUGAAGAAGCAUCUCCUGGUUCACGCUCCCCGAGGCUUCGUGUGUGCAGAAUGUGGAAGGGCUUUCAACGAGAGUGCAAAGCUAAAGAGACAUUUUCUGGUUCACACCGGAGAGAAGCCCUUCCAGUGCACUUUUGAGGGGUGCGGAAAGCGAUUUUCUCUGGACUUCAAUCUGCGCACGCAUGUACGGAUCCACACUGGGGAGAAACGCUUUCUGUGCCCCUUUGAAGGCUGUAACAGGAGGUUCGUUCAGUCAAGCAACCUGAAAUCCCACAUCCCAAUUCACUCGAAGCCCAAAAAGAACCAGUGA